AUGCUGCUGACGGUGUUCUGCCUGCGGCGGGACCGCUCCGAGGUGACCUUCUCGCUGCAGGUGGACGCCGACUUCGAGCUCCAGAACUUCCGGGCCCUCUGCGCCCUCGAGUCCGGCGUCCCCGCCUCCGAGAGCCAGGAAAGGGGUCGCGUCCCGGAUGGGCUCGCUGAGAGGAAACGGCUGUCGCUUCAGCCCAGUUUGCUUGGGCUACUUUUGUUCGGUCGCUUGCAGAGAUCAUCUUCGGCGAGCAGCCGCUCACCGACAACCACCGGUCAUUGGCGUCUUACGGCCUGAAGGACGGAGACGUGGUGAUCCUGCAGCAAGUGGAGAAUGGGCAGGCACAAUCCCCGGCCCCCUUUUCUGGGAUGCCCAGGAUAGACUUCAGCAGCAUCGCCGUGCCGGGGACGUCCGCCCAGUUCUCCCAGUCUCUACAGCUGCCACCCCCAGCCCCGACCCCACCCGCUCCCUCACAGGCCCCGGCUCCGGCCCCGGCCACUCCCGACCCACCCUCCAUCCCGCAAGGCUUGGACAACCCGGCCCUUUUGCGAGCCAUGCUGCUGGCCAACCCACACGAGCUCUCCUUGCUGAAGGAACGCAAUCCCCCUCUGGCCGAGGCGCUGCUCAGCGGAGACUUGGAGAAAUUCACUCAAGUGCUGGUGGAACAGCAACAGGACCGAGCGCGCCGCGAGCAGGAGAGGAUCCGUCUCUUCUCCGCUGACCCUUUUGAUCUAGAAGCUCAGGCUAAGAUCGAGGAGGACAUUAGGCAACAGAACAUCGAAGAGAACAUGACUAUCGCCAUGGAAGAGGCUCCCGAGAGCUUUGGCCAGGUGGUGAUGCUGUACAUCAACUGCAAGGUCAACGGCCACCCCGUGAAAGCCUUCGUGGACUCGGGUGCCCAGAUGACCAUCAUGAGCCAGGCAUGCGCAGAUCGGUGCAACAUCAUGCGAUUGGUGGACCGGCGCUGGGCCGGCAUCGCCCGGGGCGUGGGCACCCAGCGGAUCAUUGGCAGGGUGCACCUGGCUCAGGUGCAGAUCGAGGGGGAUUUCCUCCCGUGCUCCUUCUCCAUCCUGGAGGAGCAGCCCAUGGACAUGCUGCUGGGCCUGGACAUGCUGAAGAGGCACCAGUGCUCCAUCGACCUGAAGAACAACGUGCUGGUGAUUGGCACCACUGGCUCUCAGACGACCUUCCUGCCUGAGGGGGAGCUUCCGGAAUGUGCCAAGCUGGCUUACGGGCCGGGCCGGGAGGACAUGCGUCCUGAUGAGCUGGCAGAUCAAGAGCUAGCCGAAGCCCUUCAGAAAUCUGCUGAGGAAGCAGAGAAUAGCGAUACAGAAACUACCUCACUUGAAGCUCCAUCGCAACCAACUUCGGACAGCUUUAAACCUCCAGUUUGUUUUCCAGAACUUGAUCCGAAGAUUACCGACUCUCCUGCAAGCCGAUCGCUCGAUCGCUCGGCUUCUGCUCCGGCCGUUGGCUCCCCCCGCAGCGGCCAGAUACUGCCUGAAAGUCCCCGAGCUGGGAAAUCCCUGGAUUCUAUGCUGGAGCUCUGGGGAGGGUUGGGGAGCAGGAAGCCCCCGGCCUCCCCACUGAAUCUGGCGGGCGCUGGGGCCUCCUCCCUCCUGGGGGGCUCGGCAACCCCCCAAAACAUACAUGCUGCUUCCAGCUGCCGAUCGGAGAAGGCUGCUCCUGGCCCCGAGCCUCGGGAGAUGGGGGGAGAGAACAGCCCGUCCCAAGAGAUGAGCGAGCCUGACGCCCCCGUGCUGCUAGAGCCCCAGCUUCCUCCGGGUGAAUUGAGGGAGCCUCGGCGUGUGGGGGAUGUUUCCUCGCUGGUGGCCGAUGCUGCGGAAGAAGGAGAGAUGUCCCAAGGGGCCGAAGGGAGGCCAGAGGGGAUCCCAGCCCAGCCUCCAGGAGAUGACUGCUCGCUUGAAGGACACCUUGCCCCAGAGACCCCAGACCCACACUUCCUCGAGUCAGCCGACAUGAGCGCCACGGCCCCCGGGACGGAGCCAGGGUUGCACAAAUGCCAUGGCUUUCCUCCGCCCCUCGGUCUCCCCCCAGCGAGCGGCUCGACUCAGCCCGGAAAUGUCCCCGCUAGCCGGCCCAAGGAUCAAGAGGACGAGACGGGCAUCUCCCUCGCCUCGGCCCUUAAGGAGCUCCACCGACUCCUGGUUGUGAGUUCGAAACACGACUUCCGGAGAGGGGGGGCUCAGCAGGAAGAGAGCUGCCCCUCGCUGGAGGUUCCUCCCGAAGAGUCGGCUGUGGCCGAGGAGAGUUCAUCUUUCCGAGAGCGAGCUAGGCAGGACCCGGCCCUUUCCCGCCCAGCUGCCUGCUUGGAGGCCGAGACAGAGAUGCCGGCGGACCCCCAUUUAGGUGAGGGGCAGCAGGAGGCUGUCCAAGGGGCCUCUUGCUGCGGUGACUCCGUCUCGGCAAGCCCUUCAGUAGUGUGGCCUCCGCCGCAGGACGAGGAGUGCCUGAGAAUACCGGCCCAGCUCUUAUCCUCCGGACAGCAGCAUCCCGGCUGCGCUGCUGUGGGACAGAGCUCACUUGCCUCGCUCGGCCCUCCAGAGUCCUGGGCGGCCCGGGGCAGUUGCAGCAGCCCUUCCCCUGAAGAAGGGGGAGACUCCAGCGAGCAUCCUGUCGAACAGCCGGAGUUCCCAUCCUUCCCCGGGACUUCAGAGCCUCGCUCUCCUGGCCUCGCUGCAAACCUCGAUCAGAUUGUGGGGGCCGGCUUUACGCCCCAAGAAGCCGGAGAAGCGCUGGAGCACGCGGGAGGGAACGCCGAUCUGGCCCUGCUUAUCUUGCUCGCCAGGAAUAUCGUGGUGCCCACGUAGCCAAGACUGCCUUUCUGAAAGAGCCCCCCUCUGCCUGACCCCGCGACUAAGUUUGAUUCCUUUUUUUUUUUUUUUAAAGAAAAAUAAUCCCUUAUUUUCAACCGGGUCAUCUCCUGUUUCUCUGGUUGAAUUUUGGCCCUUUAAAAGAAGCAAAACAUUUGGUAUUGUACGGGAUCCGUAAUUUCUUAAUUCCUAUCCUUCUGGCGAUGUUUACAGAAUAAACUUUUAUUUGAAUAUAUGGUUUUAGAACGAUAUGCAAAUUUGGGGCUUAGAAAGUAUAGAGCCGGGGCCGAGGCGGCGUUUACCUUGGUGAAGUGCCAGGAAGGCAGAGUCUUCAGGAGCAGGGAUGGGGCGUGGCAGCCCCUUCUCACCCACCCCCGCGCCCCCCCACCCCCCGGGGGGACACCGCGUACCAGCCGUGUGACUGGGGCUCCUUUCUGCUUAGCCGUGGGUGAAAAUUGGUCCCCGGGCAGAGUGCUCCGAGGGGGCAGUGCUUUUGGGGUACCGUGGGGGUAAAGCUGCAGCCACCAGAUCAGCCCCUCAGGUCUUGAGGCUGGUCCCAAAGGGCCGUAGAGUUGGGGUGGGGUGGGGCUUUUGCACCUUGAUGCACGCCGAACCGCAGCUUUGGAUGCCGUGGUGGUUGGCCAUGACGGUGCUGGGCUUGGCGAGGAGAUAGCAUUCUUAGGGUCAGAGAGAAAGACAGAGGAGCUGUGGUGCUUUCCAAUUUUUUCCUUGCGGGUGUUAGAGCCAGGGGGCUGCUUGCCGGGAGCCUCCCUUAACGGGAUGGUCUUUAAGCAUUGGAUGAUUUGAAAUGAAAGGCAGGGAAUUGGCAGCUGCUGAUCACAUUUAGCUGCGAGAGGGCCUGGACUGCCAUUCAUUUGGCCCUGAUUCCACAGCCCAAGACUGGCUCUUGAAGUUAAGAAAGUGUGUGUGGUGGCGGGUGGGGGGGGGCUUCCUCUGCGUUUCUGAAGGCUUGAAUUUUUUUCUCUGCAGCUUGAGAGAUUCAUUUGUCCCGUCCCCAUAAUUCAGAGCAACGGGUUGGGAGAGUUUUGAAAUUGAGAGGGGUGGGGUGGGGACGGUGCACGAGCGGUGUUUUCUUUUGGUUUGACAAAUGCUACGGCUCUUGGCUAGGAUUUGCUGAUCUCGGAUGGCAGUGGGGAGACCCACGCACACCCUUUUUUACGGGAAGGUAGCAGUAGGGGCUCUGCAUAGCAGGAGUUCCCUUGUCAGGUGCUCCUGAAGGUGCCCGUCUCUCUGGAUAUAGGUACCGCAGAGGGACUAAACCUCUGGUUACAGGAGCAGCAGCAGCAACAGCAGCAGCAAUGGGACAGGAGAAUCCUGAAGGCCAACCGAGGCAGCGAUGCUUUCGAAACGCACCCUCGUGUGAGUUUCAAGGGCUGCACUUCCUGGCAGAGUGUGUGCCCGGCUGGAGGGCGGCGGUGUGAGAGCCUGCAAAAAUGCUUGUCUGUCGUAGAGGGUUUGCGUAUAAUUCACGGAGGAGCAGUCUGGAGCGUGCUCUCUCCUCGUACGCUGGGUGAAGGCCUGGGGAUCACUGGUGGCCACUCCCUUGGGCCGGGUACCUUGGCGUUCUGCACACGCAACGGCGGGCCGGGGCCUCUCAGGAAUCUCUGCCUGUCACGUUGGCAGGGUUGCCCUUCUUCGCCCUUGUCUCGGCCCGCUUGGCUGCUGCCGGGCGGCAUCGGGACGCAAUUGGGCUCUUUUGCCAAUGACCGGGUGAGAUCUUUGUAGCUCGCAUCUUCCUUUUUACCAAAAAACAAAAAAAAAUUAAGGACAUAUUUGGCAGGAGAGCGGGGUGUUGCUUCUCAACUGGGAGAAACAUGUAAACGUUUUGGAUUUUAAAAAAUAAAGAUGUGUUUUCUCAUA